CUCCUCCUCCUCCUCCUCCUCCUCCUCCUCCGCCUCCUCCUGCGGCUGAGGAGACUCCCCGAGCGGGGGGGAGCGGGCGGAGGCGGGGGUCGGCCGCCGCCGCCGCCGCCGCCGCCGCCAUGGAGGCCAACUGGACCGCGUUCCUGUUCCAGGCCCACGAAGCUUCUCAUCACCAACAACAGGCAGCCCAGAACAGCCUGCUGCCCCUCCUGAGCUCUGCUGUGGAGCCACCCGAUCAGAAGCCGUUGCUUCCAUUACCAAUAACUCAGAAACCUCAGGCAGCCCCAGAAACGCUGAAGGAUGCCAUCGGGAUUAAAAAAGAAAAACCUAAAACUUCCUUCGUGUGCACUUACUGCAACAAAGCUUUCAGGGACAGUUACCACCUGAGACGCCAUGAGUCUUGUCACACAGGGAUCAAAUUAGUGUCACGGCCAAAGAAAACCCCCACCACGGUGGUGCCCCUUAUCUCGACCAUCGCCGGCGACAACAGCCGAACUUCAUUGGUCUCGACUAUCGCGGGCAUCUUGUCGACGGUCACUACGUCCUCCUCCGGCACCAACCCCAGUAGCAGCGCCAGCGCCACGGUCAUGCCGGUGACGCAGGCGGUCAAGAAGCCGAGCAAGCCGGUCAAGAAGAACCACGCUUGCGAGAUGUGCGGGAAGGCCUUCCGGGACGUCUACCACCUGAACCGGCACAAGCUCUCCCACUCGGACGAGAAGCCCUUCGAAUGUCCCGUUUGCAAUCAGCGCUUCAAGAGGAAGGAUCGGAUGACUUAUCACGUGAGGUCUCAUGAAGGAGGCAUCAACAAGCCGUACACUUGCAGUGUCUGUGGGAAAGGUUUCUCGAGGCCUGACCACCUAAGCUGUCACGUAAAACAUGUUCAUUCAACAGAAAGGCCCUUCAAAUGCCAAUUUUCCUCCCUCAUGCAGACGUGCACUGCUGCCUUUGCUACCAAAGACAGACUGCGGACACACAUGGUGCGCCAUGAAGGAAAGGUAUCGUGUAAUAUCUGUGGUAAACUUCUGAGUGCAGCCUAUAUCACCAGCCACUUAAAGACACACGGACAGAGCCAAAGUAUCAACUGUAAUACAUGUAAACAAGGUAUCAAUAAAACAUGCAUGAAUGAAGAGACCAGCAACCAGAAGCAGCAGCAGCAGCAGCAACAGCAGCAGCAGCAUGUGACUAGCUGGCCAGGGAAGCAGGUAGAGACACUGAGAUUGUGGGAAGAAGCCGUCAAAGCCAGGAAGAAAGAAUGUCAGUUCACCUUUGAGAAGGCUAUAGAAAAAAGGUCGCAGCUGACAGAGGAGGAGUCAAGUGUGUGGACACACAGGCUCCCGACAGACGGAGACCUGUGGGACUCUUUAUUCAGGAGCCAAAGGAGUGCUUCGGAACACUUCAGAAAAAUAUUGCUUUAAAUUGGAAAGCACCGGAGGCCCCGGGAUGUGAUGUAUAUGCCCCUCCCUCUCCCAACCAGAACCUGUUGAUGUUACAACAGCAGGGACAGAUGUGUUAGUCGCUAACUAGAAGUUUUUGUCUUAUAUUAAAUUGUAUACAGUUUUUAUUCUAACCACUAACUAGGUAGGAUGCCCCUUCAGGACAAGCAGAGAGUGUCUUUUUUUAAUUAUUGUUUUUAUUUUUAUUUUUUUGUUUUUUGUUUGGGUUGUUUUUUUUUUUUAAUUCUCCUUUCCUGUUUCUUAAUCAAGUGUUGUGGAAACCUGUUCAACUUUGUAAAUAUUUACCAACAUCACUUUUCUUUUUUUUCUUGUGGAAAAACACUUCUAUCAGCUCUGUGGGGUUUUCAGGGAGACGGGCUGCCCUGGGCUUCCUGCAGGAAACCCCUCAAUGAUUGCGCACAUUCAGACGUGUGCUUUUUAUUUCUCAGCAGAAUGUUCUAUCUGUACAUAAAGUAGAAACCAAAAGCUAGGGAAACGUACCGUUUAGACCAUCAUGCCACAUAUUAAUGUUUUUAAAACAUUGUGCUUUUUUUUUUUAAGAAAAAAAUCCUAAAACCAAGACGCUACAUGAAUUUUUUUUAAGUUGAGAUUAUAUAUAUAUAUAUAUAUGUGUGUAUAUAUAUAUAUAUAUAUAUUAAUCUUGCAGCUGAGAGCAAUGGAAAUUAGUUGUGUUAAUCUUGCAGAAUGUUUGCAGGACUGACUGUCAAACUGGAUGACUUCCGUUUAUGCCCCCAUCUGUGUCAGUUCAAAGCAUCAAAAAAAAAACCCCAACCCUUUCUGAGGCAGACUUUUUACACCAGGGGACAGGUAUCUGUGUCAUUAUACAAAGCAGUUCUAGAGGGGGUUGAACUACAUAGUAAAAAAAAAAUAAAUAAAUAAAUAGAACUUAGUGUAAAAUAAUUUUAUAAAUGAUCUUUUGUACUUUAGGACAUUAAAUUGUACAACUUUUGUAUAUAUAAAAGCCUAGGAACUUUCUGUGUAGCAGGAAGGCAACACAUUCCUACACUUUUAAUGUAUAUGUUUGUUAUAAUGUCCAUGUAAACAUAUGCCCUAUGUUUGUGCCUUUUAAUUAGUUUGUCUCAAUAAACGAAAUGUAGAGAAAAAGAUGUAGCUAUGGCUUUGUUACAACUGUUCUUUCUCACAGUACAGAGAGCUGUUUUGUUGUUUUGUUUUUUUUUAAAUGUAGAGCAUUGUGUGUGGACUACUGGAAGAGCUAGUGCAGGAGCCCGAGCACAGCGUGCCCCACCCUUUCACCCCCUCCACCCCAAAACCGAGACCUCCUGCAGGGGUCUGGCAGUGGCCCCUCGGCGGCAGCCCACCUGCCCGGGGCCUUGGCCGCCGGGAUCCACGGUCCCCACGGCGGAGAAGGGCCCACCGUCCGGACCCUCUCCCAUUCAGAUGAGCUCCGAGGUGUUAUCCCCACCCGGUCCCCCCAGAGUGGUCCCCCCAGAGUGGUUGCCAGCAGCCCUCAGUUGAGCCUGUUCCCUUCCCUCACCCCCGGGCUAGACUGAACCCUGAAAGUAUUAGUUCUAAAACACGGAGAUAUCUACUAGAGUUGAUUGUUUUACCCAAUCCAUUGUAUAAUAAACAGGAGUGAGACCUCAUUGUAUGACUUCAGUUAAAAUGCUGUUUCGUAUGCAUCCUCUACUCACUUAAGAAGCUUGUCUGCAAUAAUAAAGCCACGUUGUGUCUUCUUUUGGGAGGGGGAGAGGCCGGGAGGUGCGGGGGAGGACCAGAAGUGGGAUGGGAUGGGAUCGGCCCGGGUCGCAGGGAGUUGGGUUUCUGGGGUGUUCCCCCUUGGACUACCCGAGCCGAGGGAGAAGGAGGCCCGGCGGCCAGUGUGACGUGAAAGCCGGUAGGAUGAUGUAUUCUCGCUUUUGGUUGUAACCUAGCUCGGCUCCCCUCUUAUCAGAUCGGCAGCUAAACGGUUGUAUUAGAUAAUCCUCAAAUCUGACAUCCGACCUGUUACGCUCUAGGCUCGACGCUUGGCCUGCGUUUUGCUUUUUUAUUGUGUAUCCAUUUCCCUCCUAAGGUGUGCUCCUCAAUGAAGGUUUCUAUGUAUGCAGAUGAUUUUACCUUGUCAAUACCAGCACUGUAUUACUAACAUGCAAAGUACUGCAAAUUUAUUUUGACGAAUUAAAGUUAACCGGUCACAAA